UCCCAUCAAAUUAUCAUUUGCGAUAUAUAUCGAUACCGAACUACCAAUUCACGAUAGACUGAAAAUAUUUUACGGGUCAAAUAUAAUUAGUCAAAUACUUCUAUUUUGGGAGGUCGUCGCUUUACUAUUCAACAUGACUGAUACAAAGCAAGAUAUUACAGAUCCUGCUGAUGGGAAAAAUGUACAAGACUUAACACAGUUUGUACAACAACUUUUGGAACAAAUGCAGAACAACUUUCAAGCAAUGUCUGAUCGCAUCAUAGGCAGGAUAGAUGAGAUGGGAAAUCGCAUCGAUGACCUUGAGAAGAGUGUGGCUGACCUUAUGAUGCAAGCUGGAGUGGAUGAUUCUGAGAAGGCAGACAAAUAGAUUCCAAAUGCUCCUUACCAACCCUCCAUGGCAAUACCAUCACAGGAACUUCUUUUUAGUAAUCAUUUGAUGUUUGGUUUUGAAUACUGUUUGAAUUUGAAGACAUUUUUUUUCUAGGUCAAGAUAUUGACGCUUUUGGGGGACUUUCAAAUUUCUCUUCAAGUUAAAUGAUACAACAGUAAUUUCCAUUCAUUCUACAAUUUAUUUGCAAUUAUUUAUAUCUUUAUUUCUUUAUGUAUUUAUUCAUUCAAUUGAUGUGAAUUGAUCAAAUUAUUCCUCUUAUUUCUAGGAGUGAAGUUUUUCCUAUUUUGUCUUAUUUGACUUUUAUCACAUUUUAUUUUAAAAGAACUGUAAAAAAAAUCUACAAUCAACUUGAUAUUCUUCCAGAAGAAAAAUGUGAAGUGUCCUUGUUAACAAAUCAGCUAUGUAAUGUUUUAUUUUAUUGUAAUUUAAUUAUGUUCUUGCUAGUUUGCUUGAUCAUAAUGUUUUAUACAUUCUUUAUAUUCCUACAUAUAUGAACAUUCUAUCUAUAGAUAAGAUAAAGAGAAACCAGUGUAUUAAUGUUUUCUUUUCAAAUUGUACCCCUCUCCCAUAUUUGCCAAACACAAAAUAAUAUGAAAAGAUAUAGCCAGCAUUAAAAAAAAAAGGUUGGUGCAAUAUGUCAUUUUUUUGAGAGUUAGAAAAUGCAGAAACUACUGGUACCUAAUAUUCUAAUGAUACAACUUUAAUUCUAAACAUUGGAAGACGUAGCUUAAUUGUGAUAAGUUUGGGUUCCCUGUAAAAUUCACAAGAACUAUAGUAUGCAGAUUUGCAGGUUGCCACAUUUAAGGAUUUGAAGUACCCGUCCGACGAUUUUGACUAAGGUGAAGAAAUUUACUGUGCAUUAUAAUCGAUUCACGUUUCUUCAAGAUCUUUACUGUAGUAGCCUGCAGUAUAUAUUGUAAAGAUUUAUGUUUCUACUUACAUUAAGGUGUAAUGUUUUUUAGGUGCUAUUUUUUUGUCGAAAUGCUUCAUAGUACCAUUUAACCCUAAAUUUUAAGUGUUACGGCGAUGGCCGUGUAAUUUCAGUUACUUUCAACGAAGGCAAUAAGAUGGAGAGCAAUUAAAUGCAAAAACCUAUGACUAGGAGAGAGAAGUAUUAUAGGAAUCUGUGGCCAAUAUGACCUCUCCUCCACCCACCACAAAUUCAAUGCCAGUAAAAAUAGCCAGUGGAAAGCAAAUUUUUAACCGUGUAAAAUGUAUCCACGACCAAAUCAAAGCAUUUUGUACUAGUAUCUUAUCCUGUUUUGUUUUAUGGUACAGCAAAUCAGGGGUUUUACAAAGCACAGUCGAUUCAUCAAAUAUUGAUUAAAGCAUGUUCACUUGCACAAAAUAUCCACCAUGUUAUUCAUUUUAACUUGAAUGCCUUCAUACAGCUCAUGCUUUAAGCAGAGAACUGUGUUCUUGGGAUGGACAGAUACUGGAAAGUCAGUCAGUGAUGGAAUAUACAUGUAUUCAAUAUAUUCAAAAUGGAUGUUGUACACCACCCCAAAGUAGACCAUAAAGUCUAAAGAACAUAUGACUUUUUUUUCUUUCUGUUUGCUGCUUUGAAAAAAUGUAUGAAAUGUACAUUGAAGCUAUCUAGUUUGGCUAUAUACUAUUAUGAUGUAGAGCUUACAUAUUUUGUUGUACAUUUGCUUUGCUAAUAUUUGUAUUUUUUAUUGGUAAGACCUGUAAGAUAAUGUAUAAAUGUAAUUAUAUAAUCAUGAAUCAGCAUAAAUAUUUAGUGAUAUGCGAAGAUCAUAAAUAUCAUGUCCUUUUGAUAUUGACAAAAUAGUUGGCAAUUCAUAGGCAACAGAUAUUUAUACAAACACCUCCAUAUAGUAAUUUUUCAACUUAUGGGACAUGUAUAUUUCAAAGUAUUAGUUGGUCAGACAAAUGAAAUUCUGCAAAAUGCCAGCAUUUUGCUAAAUGUGUUAUACCUAUUUUAGAUGCUAUGUGAUUGUUUGAUUUAUUGAAUAUAUUGAAAUAUGACUACAGGUGUAACAUUUAUUUCAAUAAACAUUGCAUUUAACAGAUAACAAAAUGCAUUUAGCACCUUUUGCUAAAACACACAAUCAGUAUGAUCAUUGUUUUAUGUACCAACAACUAAAUCAGAUGCAUUGAUGCAAUGAAAUCUACAUAUCCUAUGUGUUUAAUAUAACCAGCCAUGGUGAAUUAUGGACAAAUUGUAUUUAGAAAAAAAUACAUGCAUGCAUGUAUCUUAUUAUCAUUAGUAUAGUUUUUGUAAGCAUCUCUCCGGUAGAGUGUGUUAUAUAUAAAGUAGUAAAAUCUAAUCGGCAGGCUUUCUUUUCAGUUCUUAAGUUCUGCUUGCCAGGAUAAUCUUGCUUCGUAUCUUUGUGUUCAAGCUUGUGAAUAUCUAAACAUGUACAUGUAGAUCUUUCAGUUCUGUAGGUUUAUUGAUUAGGAACUUUAGAGUUUCAGUAUAACUAUUUUUUUCUCUUUGACAACUUAUGUCUACAUUAUGUGAAUGAAUCUCAAGUUUGACUAUUUAUCUCAGUACAUGUUCAGAUGAACGUGUUUCAUUCUUAAAGGAAUGCAUGAUUUUAAAUUUGUGUGGAAUAGCUUGAAGAAUAAACUUUUGAUGUGAACAUUCA